ACUUCAGAUUAAUCAUUGAUCACCACUGAUCGUGCACUUUUCUUCUUCUCUGGCGAGACCAAUUCUUCAAUUUGCCAUCCAACCUCAGGCCAGACAAAUCGACCCGCACCCAAACAGGUUAGCGUAUCCGUUUGCCCCUCGAAGGAUGAGAAAAAAGAGAAAGAGGAAAGAAACGAAAGAAAAAAAAGACCCCACCAAACCUGGAGGGAAAUCGGCGCCACUAAACCGAAUAUUAAUCUUCACUUUUUCCCCUCUUCUUCCCUUCCCCUCUCUUUUCUCUCCUUCUUUUCCCCCUUCCAGCCCCGUCUCUUUCCCUUAUACCCUCAUCCCCCCCAUCUCUUUCUAUCUUCACCCUCCCUUCACCACUCAAAAUGAUUAUCUACGAGGAUCUUAUCUCCGGAGACGAGAUGGUCUCCGACACCUUCAACCUGAAGGUCGUCGACGGUGUUCUCUUCGAGUGCGACUGCAAGAAGUACAUGAAGAGCACCAACGAGGACUUCCAGCUGGAGGGUGCCAACCCCUCCGCCGAGGGUGGUGAUGAGGAUGAUGGAGGUGAGGGUGAGAAGGUCAUGGUCCACGACAUCGAGGACCAGUUCCGUCUCGUCUGGCUCAAGACCGAGGAGGGUCUUAAGCCCUCCAAGGAUGCCUUCAAGGGUCACCUGAAGGCCUACAUGAAGAAGGUCCUCACCAAGCUCACCGAGACCGGUGCUUCCGCCGAGACCAUCGCCGAGUUCAAGGCCGGUGCCCCCGGUGCCGUCAAGAAGAUCCUGGCCAACUACGACAACUACGAUGUCCUCAUGGGCCAGUCCAUGGACGGUGAUGCUAUGCACGUCCUCAUCGACUUCCGUGAAGACGGUGUCACCCCCUACGCCACCCUCUGGAAGCACGGUCUCAAGGAGGUCAAGGUCUAAAGGAAUCGAUCGCAAUCUACCUUUAAACUUUAAACAAAAAAAGAAUAAUAUACCCCUUGAACGCCUCUACACCCUCCCGUUGUGCGAAGAAUGUUGUCAUGAACCUCAAAAUCUGGACAGAAGAACGAAGGGGAACUAUGCGCUUACAGCAAGAAGAGC